AGCCGGGCGGUAGCUGCCCGGGAGGGAGGGGGUGGGAGAGCGCUGGACCGAAGGCCGGAGACCGCGAGUUUCGGGUCCCCGCGGUCCUGCCUGGACUUCGGCCGGCUGGUCCCCCCUGGGCCGCGGUGGCUUCUGUAAUUCCAGCAGACCCACCCUGGAUGCGGCGCUCCACAGUGUCAGAGCUGACUAAGAAGCGCUCAGAAGCCAAGUCAUGGAUCCACCUGCACGGAAAGAAAAAUCCAAAGUUAAAGAGCCUGUCAGCAGAGUUGAGAAGGCCAAGCAGAAAUCAGCCCAGCAGGAGCUGAAGCAAAGACAAAGAGCAGAGAUCUAUGCCCUCAACAGAGUCAUGACAGAACUGGAGCAGCAGCAGUUUGAUGAGUUCUGUAAACAGAUGCAGCCUCCUGGAGAAUGAGCUACCCCUGUGUUCACAAUAGAUGGGACCCUGGAGGCUUGCUUUGUGAACCUGUUACCAGUUUUAAGCUGAGAUGGCCCAUUUGGAGCCUUACACAACUAGGCAAGAAGACAUUUGUGUUAUUCCUAAAACUGGAUAAAUCUGAAUUCCUAUAUGUAACUUCUGCUUCACCGGUUCCUCCAAUUGAAUUGGCCCAUUGCUUGCUGAAGAGACUUGUUCUGUUCUUCCAAGACAAUAGACACUUUUUUUUAAACCUUUUCUAUUGUUUGAAAAAAAAAAUCAGUGUUUCUUGUGAAACUGUAAAUCUCCAAAAGUACAAAUAAAAUACUAAUUAAA